UUGAGUGAUAUGUGACAUCACAGUUUGGAAAUAGAAAGGGAAUAGUGUCCGGAACCAGAAAUACUUCAGCUGACACAGAGAUGAGCAAUGGAGACGUUUCAAUGUCCCCCUAGCAAGCUGCAAUUUUUGUCAACGACUGGGCAAUAGUAGAAAGAUGAACAGAACCACACCUCAGAGGAGGUCAUCCUCCAGGAGACAGACCUCAGUUCCAUCCACACCUCCUAGAGAGCCCCAGACAAUUCCUCAAUCAUGGGCCCACGCCAGGACCUCGUCCACCCCCGUCGACCUCCAACCAAGCCUGGGCAGAGAGGCAGAGGAGGGUGAGUAUCUGGACAGACAAGAUGGAGAUGGAGGUAGCCCCAUAGAGGACUCUCAGACUGGGGCAUCGUUGGGUCAGGAGACUGAUGGAAACUCCAGUACCCCAGCCACACACAACUCACCCCUCCCUAGGCAGAGACCACACCUGACAGGUAAUAGCACGGUCAACCUGCUCGCUUCAAUGGUAUUGUUGAUUGUCCUCAUCUGAUGUGGGUAUCAUUGUAUGUCAAAGAUGCUAAGACAAUCAAUCAGUAACAUGUUACAUUCAUUCAUCUUGCCAUAAUCCAUAUUCUGAGUUGAGUGACUUUUUGCAUCUGCAAUGUUUUGGAGGCAGGACACCCAUGAGGCAGCGCACAAUUGGCCCAGUGUCGUUUGCGUUAGGGGGGGUUUGGCCGGCUGGGAUGUCCUUGUCAAGUUGCUCUUGCAACUCCUUGUGGUGGGCCAAGUGCAUGCACGCUGACUUCGGUUGCCAGUUGUACAGUGUUUCCUUCCUCUGUGAGCACCGGCUUGGCAGGGUCGCAUGGCUCUCGACCUUCAACUCUCCCGAGUUCGUACGGGACUUGCAGCAAUUGGACAAGACUGUAACUACCAAUUGGGUUGAAAAGGGGGUACAAAGUACAAAAAAAGAUUUGUUUUGGAGAUGAAGUUCAUGUGUGCAUAAUCCUGUAAAAUGGGGUGAAAAUUGCACCACUCAUUCAGAAAACUUUAAUGUCCUCAGAGGCAAUUCAUCUUGCAGCAGUCAUAAAACAUACAACAUCUAAAAAUGUCAAAUAAAUCCCAAAGGAUAUUUUACAAACAAAUAGGCAGGGCGUUUGCCAUAUUCUGAAUGCUCAACCAGGCCGACCCGAGAGUCUCCCUGUAAUAUUAUCUGUUGCACCUUAUUCUUGUACUGGCAUCUCACCUUUUUUAAAAUCUCUUUGUUCACUCUCUAUGCCUCUUGUCCACUUGUUUCUUCUUAUUAAGCACCACUUUCAAUUCUUUGGUCACCCAUGGUUUGUUGUCAGGAAAUAUGCUCAUCUGAGACAGUCCUGCCAAUACUUUGAUCUGUCCACAGCCCAGAACCCCACACCAGGGUACGAGCUGGCCCCUAUCACCCCAGAGCUGGCCCGCUGGAUCAGGCUUCGGUCACAGAACCUCAAGCUCCGCCAGAGUGACCGCCAGUGGGCCGUGGACUUGGUCAACCAUCUCCGGGACAGCCUGCUGGUCUUCCUCAAGAACAGUGAUGAGCAGCCCUACUUCCAGUCAGCCUCUGUGCUCAACAGUGGUUCAUAUUACGAGAUGGUUAAGAUAACUCACACCAUGAGACGGGAAUUGUCUCUGGCUGGCGGCUCAAUUAAAACCCAUGAACACAAAAUAAUUACCGGCAGCAAAUGAUCCACAUUUUCACUAAAGAUACACAACCCAAAUGAGUUUGACAUGAUGCUGAAGCUCCAGUCUCCUUCCCGCCUCAAAAUGACUGAGCUGGACCAAUACCACGGCCUGUUCUACGAAGUCGCCCUAUCCCGACCGACGCGUGCCCACAUACGGUCUUUCCUAUUGGAAGAUGGGCUCACCAUCUCAGCCAGCAAGAUCAUAAGGGAAAUGCACCGUCUGGUCCGAAAGUUCAUCAGCACCUACAAAGCAGUGCCUGGAAAUAGCUGGCGUUGGGUUGUGAAGAGGAAGCGUCCAAACUCCCCAGCGGUGACCCUUUCCCUGUUGGAGGUGGAUAAUGGGAAAGAGGAACUACUUUCUGUGGAUGUGGUGCCCGCCUUGGAAGUGCCCUCCUCACAGAGCUGGCCUCUGGCUGCCCGCGCAGGCCCAGAUGUGAACAACUGGCUGGGGAAGAAGACCCGGCGCUCUCUCACCCACCAAACUUGCUUCUUUGUGCCCAAGAAACCGCCAGGGCGUAACCUCAGUGAGGCAGCUAAAGAGAGUUGGAGGAUUUCCUUUUCUCACAUAGAAAAGGAACUAAUCAAGACUCACGGGAACAAGAGGACCUGCUGUGAGAGCUCUGCAACCAAGUGCUGCCGUAAGCAGUGCUUUAAGCUCCUCAAGUGUCUGAUCGAGGGACUGAAGAAACGCUACCCUCAGGAGCUUGAUGCUCUGUGCUCCUACCAUGGGAAGACAGUCUUUCUACACACUCUUUCCAUCGGGGCCCAGGACUCCCUGUGGACACCGCAUCAUCUGCCUGCCUGCUUCAUGCACCUCCUAGGGGCCCUGGAGGGCCACGCAAGGAGUGGCCUGCUACCCCACUUCUUUGUCCCCAGCUCCAACCUCUUCGCCGCACCGACCUUCCCACGCAAAGCUCUGGUGUUUCUGACUGAGGCUCUGGAGGAGCAGAGGAGACAGGGGCUUCCCCUUUUAAUGCCCCCGGCUCCUGCCCCACCACUGGCAGUACACUCCCCCAGUAACUCCCAGUCCCAGCCAUCCAUUGUUGUACAGCAGACUCAUGUUAUCCAGUCUACUAUUUUUCAGCCAGCCAAAGUUAUUGAGACAAAAGCUUUAGUGAAAAUGUUCAACAUUUUAGCUUUGGUUGUGGCUUUGGUCUGUGUUGUUUGUUACCUCUGCCCAUCAGUGGUAGGAAGGUAGCAGAGACAGUCCAAUCUACAGCAGAGGGCGCUAAAAUGUUAUGCAGAUGUAGAGAAUGAUAAGCCAUUUUUAAACAGAUUUUUAUUUAUCUCUAAAUGAUGUCUUUGCUCUUAAUAAUAAACACAAUGAAAAAAGUAACAUUUCUGUAUUUGUAUGUAAAUGCUAAAUAUAUGCAAAUGACCAAGAAUAUAGUAGCUAUACAAUGUAUUGUUUACUACUUCUGUCCACUACCCCAAUGUACCCCAAACUUUUAAAUAAAAUAUAUUAUUUAUCAAUUAAAUACUUGUCCAUCA